AGUGCGCUCCACGGACCACCCUGCCAGCCAGCCGUGACGUCGACGAGGGGGGAGGGUUCCACCCGCGCGCUUAAAUACAGCCGCGACCCUCAUUUCGCCAGACAGACGAGCACACCGGCCAAGAGAAAGCAUCCCCAAAGUCUCCUCUUGCGCCAUGAUCAAGAAAAUGUCCCCCUCGGAGAGCGACUUCGACAUCCCGGCCAAGAACUGCUACCGGAUGGUGAUUCUGGGCUCCACCAAAGUGGGCAAAACGGCCAUCGUGUCCCGCUUCCUCAACGGGAGAUUCGACGAGCAGUACACGCCGACGAUAGAAGAUUUUCACCGGAAAGUGUACAGCAUCAAGGGGGACGUUUACCAACUGGACAUCUUGGAUACGUCUGGCAACCAUCCCUUCCCGGCCAUGCGCAGGCUCUCCAUCCUGACGGGCGACGUGUUCAUCCUGGUCUUCAGCCUGGACAACAGAGACUCCUUCCACGAGGUCCAGCGCCUCAAGCGUCAAAUCUAUGAGACCAAGUCGUGCCUGAAAAACAAAAUGAAGGAGAACCUCGACGUCCCUCUGGUCAUCUGCGGCAACAAGGGCGACCGCGAGUUCUACCGCCAGGUGCAGCGCGACGAGAUCGAGCAGCUGCUGGGAGGCGACGACAACCAGUGCGCCUAUUUCGAGAUCUCCGCCAAGCGCAACGAGAACGUGGACCGCAUGUUCCACACGCUCUUCAGCCUGGCCAAGCUGCCCCACGAGAUGAGCCCCGACCUGCACAGGAAGGUGUCCGUGCAGUACUGCGACAUGCUGCACAGAAAGUCGCUGAAGAACAAGAAGAUGAAGGACGUCGGGGAGGCCUACGGCAUGGUCACGCCGUACGCGCGGAGGCCCAGCGUGCACAGCGACCUCAUGUACAUUAAGGAGAAAGCGGUCGGUGCGGGGCAGACCAAAGACAAAGAAAGGUGUGUCAUCAGUUAAGACGAGUGACAUUUAGAUAUAUAUACAUAAAAAGAAAACAAUUAUCAUUUUUUAAAAAGAGAACGAGAGUUGAAAAGUAGCCAUGAAUUGGGGCCUUUUUACUCCAGCUGGUGCGCGCGCACGUGGAGGUGCCGACGCAGAAGUGUCACCAUGGAUACGGAGCGGGUUAAAAAAAAAGACGGACAAGAAAAAGAACAUGACCGACCCACCCACGACAGAUUCAAAGAAUGUUCGCUUGUUCUGUCCACCCCAUGUGACUUGUCAUCGCCAUACUUUACGCGUGUUCGUUGUCAUCAGAGACUCUGACAGCAGUGGACAAAAAUCUUAUGUCUUUGUUUUAUAAGAACCACACUUGAAUGUUCCUUUGCA